AUGGAGAGUGACGUGGAUGUUUCUGAAAUCGCUAGAAAUAUUCAAAUAAAUGUACGGGUUGCUUCUGCCCAAUACACCCACACCCAUAGAUUUCUUUCCGAGCUUUUAUUGUCGGCUGGUGAUUAUGCUGUAUACGCGGCCCAGUUUGGCGAAACCUUACGUCAAGCUGCUAGCAAUGUGGCCAUGGGCCUUGUAAGUAAAAAGAGAGCACUGGCGGAAGGUCUUGACUACUUGUCGUCAUCCUUUGUCACCACAGGUGGACAAGAGGAGAGGAGUCUUGGAAGUCGACAGGAGAGCUUAUCGUUUGAAAAUGAUAGCGAUGCAAUUCUUGACGGUUGCGACUUUGUUGACAAUAUUCCUUUAAGUCUAAAGCGACGA